AUGGCCGACGAAUUUAACCCGGACGUUGAGAUUGCCGAGGAGGCUUCCGCCAACCCCGGCGGCGAUGUCGAGAUGGCUGAGGGCGCCGAGGGCGGUGAUAAUGCCAACGCCGAGGAGCUUCCCUUCCCUGAGGGCGGCGAGACCGACCCCGUCGAGCCGCGCACCACUUUCGUCAGCUACCUGUCGAGCCCGGUCGUGACCAUUCUCGUUGGCGCUGCCGAAACCGAGGCCAUCCUCACCGCCCAUCAAGCCCUCCUCGUCCAGAGCCCAUUCUUCAAGGAGGCAUGCGCUCAGUUUAGCGACGACGGCAGCCCCCGACAGGUUGAGCUCAUCGGCGAGGAGCUCGACGCCGUUGGCUGCUUCCUGGAGUACCUCUACACGGGCGAGUACUUCCCCCGCAAGGUCGCCGGCUCGCGCACCCUCGAAGUCGACCCCUCGACACCAGACGUCGACUCGGACGGCACUCAGCUGCUGAAGCACGCGCGCGUCUACACACUGGCCGAGAAGUUUGGCAUGCCCGGCCUGCGCUCGCUCGCCAGCUCCAAGAUCCACUGCGUCAACUCGACGGCCAAGGGCGAGAUCGCCUACGCCCGCUACGUCUACGCCUACACCUCCAAGGACGAUACCACCAUCCGCGCACCCGUCGCCAGCUUCUGGGCCACCCGCUCGCACACCCUCCGUGCCGAGGCCGAGGAGGAGUUCCGCUCUCUGUGCUUGGAGUACCCCCAGUUCGGAUACGAUGUUCUUACUCGUGUUCUCGACGAGAAGCUCAAGAGGGAGCGCAACGAGAAGUUGCACCCUUCGUCGUCUCAGGGAAGCGCACGAAAGCGCGCUCGCCACAGCCAGAUCUAA